UAGCCCCGUUCCUAGAAUAUAGCAAACAAAUAGGCCAUCUCUUGAAAUCCUUGGAGCUAGGGCUUCAAUUUGGUUUCUCCAUUGAUCAAUCAAUCGAGGUUGUUGAUACUCAGAGUAUGGGCGGAGGAGGUGAUACUAAUACAACCGUCAAAGACGAAUCCAACGGUGGUGGUGAAACUGUUACCAUCAAUGUUCGAUGUUCCAACGGUUCAAAAUUCACCGUACAAGUCAACCUCGACUCCACCGUUGGAUCAUUCAAGUCCAUCCUUUCUCAGCCCUCCGAUAUCCCUCCCGAGCAACGGAGAUUGAUCUAUAAAGGCCGCAUUUUAAAGGACGAUCAAACCCUAAAAUCCUAUGGUCUGGAGGCAGAUCACACAGUUCAUCUCGUCCGAGGUUUUGCCCCGGCUCCUUCUGCAAGUGCAACCAAUGCUGUAAAUCCAAAUGCUAAUCAGGAUGCACCAAGGGAUGCUGUCCCCAACGUAGGGGGGCCGUUUGCGGGAGCAGGUGGAGCUCCACUCUUUCCCGGACUUGGAAGUGUUGGUGGUCCGAUUGGAGCUAGACUUCCAGAUUUUGAGCAGGUCCAGCAGCAGCUGACUCAAAACCCCGACAUGAUGAGAGAUAUGAUGAAUAUGCCUCUUGUUCAGAAUCUAAUGAAUAACCCAGAAAUCAUCCGCAACUUGAUCAUGAACAAUCCUCAAAUGCGAGAGAUCAUGGAUCGUAAUCCCGAGCUCGCUCACGUACUCAAUGACCCUGCUACGCUUCGCCAGACAAUGGAGGCUGCACGAAACCCUGAACUUAUGCGUGAGAUGAUGCGGAAUACUGACAGGGCAAUGAGCAACAUUGAAUCGUCUCCUGAGGGAUUUAACAUGCUAAGGCGCAUGUAUGAGAACGUCCAAGAGCCAUUUCUGAAUGCUACAAGCAUGGCUGGAGAGACAAGAAAUGAUUCAGGGACAAACCCAUUUGCGGCUCUUUUGGGAGCCCAGGGACAUGGCAGAAACCAGUCAACUAAUCCUCCAUCUACUGGUUCUGACACAACUGCUAAUCCUCCCGUUCCCAAUACUAAUCCACUUCCUAAUCCUUGGGCAUCAGCUGGCACUGGAGGUGCCCAAAUGAAUACCACUGCCAGGUCAAAUGCUGCUGGGGAUACUAGGGCACCCCCUGUUGGUGGUUUGGGUGCUUUGCCAGAUUUGCAGCGAAUGCUAGGUGGCAUGCCUGAUGCCUCUUCUGUUAAUCAGUUGAUGCAGAACCCAGCCAUGUCACAGAUGAUGCAGUCUGUCCUCUCAAAUCCUCAGUAUAUGAACCAGAUUAUGGGGCUCAACCCACAGCUAAGAAGCAUGCUUGAUUCCAACUCCCAUCUUAGAGAAAUGAUGCAAAAUCCUGAAUUUAUUCGUCAGUUGACGUCUCCUGAGACGAUGCAGCAACUUAUGACUUUACAGCAAGGGCUAGUGGCUCAACUUGGUCGGCAGCAAUCAAACCAAGAACCGGGUCAAGGGGCUGGCCGAACAGCAUUUAACAACCCGGGAAUGGAAAUGCUGAGGAACAUGUUUGGUGGACUUGGGACGGAGGGUUUGGGUGUCCCCGGCAGAUCCAAUGUGCCCCCUGAGGAAUUAUAUGCAACUCAGCUAACCCAGUUACAAGAAAUGGGCUUCUUUGACACCCAAGAAAAUGUCCGGGCACUUGUUGCCACUGCAGGGAAUGUGCACGCUGCAGUGGAGCGACUUCUAGGAAACACUGGACAGUAGUGUAUGGAUAUUGUCUUUUGUAUGACUAUAUAGCUCCUGGUGGGGACAGAUGAAAAUUUUGGUGCGGACAGAAGAAGCAUCGAAAUAAACAUUUGGAGUUUGAAUUUUUUUGGAACGAACUCUCGUAACAUCCCCUCAUUGUCUCUUCCCUCAGACCAAAAAGGAGAUUGGUGGACGAACAAGUUCUUCAGUUCAUUGUACAUACGAUGUUAAGACCGGUCCCUUAAAUUGUUCAUUAUAAUAUGAUUUUAUCGCACACUUUCCGGUAGCAUUUCCUUUUCGCUUUGCUAGGUUGAACAAUCUGCUGGAUUCUAAAUUAAUUGCCCGCUGUAUCUGUCUUUUUUGGUCAA